AUGAGUUUCCCGUCUAGUGUCCGCUCGGAGUACUCGUCGUCGCGACUCUCCAACCGCGCACAGGAUGGAGAAGACUUUGAGCGCGAGAUCGAGCGUGACCGCUGGGCCAGCCACGUGCAGUACCUGCUGAGCUGUAUCGGCUACACCGUCGGUCUCGGCAACGUCUGGCGAUUUCCCUAUGUAGCAUUUGAGAAUGGAGGAGCCGCCUUCCUGUUCCCCUACAUCUGCUGCAACAUUCUAUUCGGCAUGCCUUUGCUCUACUUCGAGAUGAGCCUCGGCCAAUACUUACAGGCCGGCCCAAACCUCGUCUACUUCAAGCUGAAGCCGGUGCUACAAGGCAUCGGCUGGUCCAUGACGAUGGUUUCCCUCCUCAUCAGCAUGUACUACAACGUCAUCAUAUCGUGGAUCGGGCUGUACUUGGUGAAGACGUACUGGGUGGACGAGUGGGCGACGUGCGGCCAUCCCUGGAAUAAUGACGCCUGCACCUCCCUGAAGGACAACUUGAAGUGGUGCAUGAACGACACGAUGCAGCUGGCCGAGAGGAGGCUUUGGUUCCGCGGUGACUGCGUCGAGAAGUACCCCAACACCACGCUGGAGACCGCCACCGAGCAGUACUUUAUGAACCAAGUGCUGAACCUCACCACCGGGCUCGACGACUUUGGCAACAUGAACUGGGAUAACUUCAUGUCACUGUGCGCCGUUUGGGUGAUCGAAGUAUUCAUCCUGUGGAAGGGGGUGCAGCUUAUCGGCAAGGCGUCGCUGAUCACCACCACCAUCCCGUACUUUAUCAUUGGCAUCAUCUUCUGGCGUGGCCUGUCCCUCCCCGGCGCCUACAAGGGCAUCAAGUUCUACAUCCUCGAACCGGACAUGAGCAAGCUGUUGGAUCCUAAGACGUGGAAGGCCGCGCUGGCGCAGGUGUGCUUCUCCCUCUCGCUCGGGAUGGGCGGACUGCAGGCGAUGGCGUCUUACAACGAGCGCAGCCACAAUUGUCUCAGGGAUGCCGUGGUCGUUGCCGGAGCCGACAUCUUCAUGUCGUUGUUCGGCGGGGUGGCCGUGUUCUCGGUCGUUGGAAGCUUGGCUCACGCUAAGAACGUGAAAGUUGAAGAUGCAAUUGCUAGUGGCCAGGGCCUCGCCUUCAUCGCCUACCCGGAAGCGCUGUCCCGGAUGGACGGCUCGCUCGUGUGGUGCUUCAUCUUCUUCCUGAUGCUAUUCUGCUUGGGGCUGAGCACCCAGUUUGUGUACAUCGAGACGCUUGCAUGCGGCGUGCUCGACCAGUGGCCUCACCUCUACCCGAUGCGCCCGGUCAUCAUCCUCCUCAUCGCCCUGGUGGAGAUGAUCCCCGGCGUGUUGAUGUGUACCGGGUCCGGAAUGUACUGGCUGAACCUGUGGGACACUUACACAUCGUCGGUGGCGUUGUGCCUCGCCUGUGUCGCCGAGUUGAUGACGCUGUUCUCGCUGAUGGCCGGGCGGACAUCGAUCGGCGACGAGGGCCAGCCAGGCUACUAUUUGUAUCCAAUCUGGUCCGAGGUGCUCGGCUGGUUCUUCGGCCUCCUGCCCGUGCUCUUCGUGCCCGGGCUGGCCCUCUGGCACAUCACGGCCUACCGCAAGAAGGGGAACCCGGCCGGUGCGUUCCGCGUCCACGAAUCCCAUCCGUCGUACGCGCGGAUGAAACGCGAGGCGGAGAAUGGGAUGCUGCUGCCCGGCAUCCUCGACUCGUGCCUGAACGGCUCGCUGGACGUGCCGGUUGGAGACAUGAUGCCCGACACCCCACUCGCUGCCAAUCUCCUAAUCGGCCUGCCGAACGUCGGCCCGAUUCCGGCUGUGGCUCCGAUCCCCCAAACCCCAGCUCCACCGGCUUCUGCUCCCUCGUCAGAAGCCCCAAAAUCGUCAGAGCAGCCGAAGAAGUCC